CUCUUUUUAUGUCACUAUCGCUGUUUGCAUGUAGACGCAGCCAAUCUCUUCCCUAUGACGCCGGCGAGGCUGGGCUCAGAAGGGUUUGAUCAUAAUAUUUAACACACCCACCCAGUAAGAGCACCAUACUAGUUCGACUGAGAAGUAUAACAGCCACGGGACAAGUGGAAGCCAAAAUCUCUGCACCUGCCAAUCGGUGUAGCCUACUCGCUCUGCUGUUCCUUGACCGGAAAGACGGUGACGGGAGAUGUAUAUUUUUGACAGGGUCUGGCCUAGGCUCGCAUCCAGGUAUCUUCAGCUGACAGUGCAUCAAAUGUUUUUUUUUAAAUCUCGUCGAUUUUUUUGCGUUGCUUUUCUUUAACGCGUUUUUUUUGUGCCUGUUGCUAUUUCCAACAAGGACUGUGGUUAAAUUUUUUUUAAAAUCUGAAAUUGAAUAAAGACUGUCCCUCGGACUUUUAACGAACAAUGACGAUUGGACAGCAUUGACACGUUUUUAUGCUCAGCAUUGCAUGUUCUGAGGAUGGAACAGUGCUUUCGAGACGCAAUUGUGCUAAAACACGUUUAAUUAAAAUUCCCUAAACUAUUCACUGCUAUUAUGAUUAGAUAUCGUUCUGUGCUGUAUGCAGAAUAGCCACAGACCCAGGUGCCUGCUCUCCGCAAUGAGUCGGCAUGUCCAUCUGGCUGAAUAUGAAUAAUUCAGUAUUUUCUAAAAGACCAGUGCUCUGUGCGUAAACAUGGAGUUUCUGAUAUAAUACGGAUUAUGUUUGGAAUGACCAGAAAAAAACUCUAAAUUAUCUACAUUGGGUUUUUGCUCCAUAUUUCACAUUGACUAUAAUUUGAAUAUAUAUAUAUCGGUGUUGUGCGCUGCUUUUAUGGUUUAGUGAUAUAACAACAACUACUUGGAAGUGAAUCCUGUACAAAAUGAUCAAGAUGAUACUGUUUCGUAAAUUUCGAGUUUUGAUACUCAUGGUGUUUUUGGUGGCGUGUACCAUGCACAUUAUGAUAGACUUGCUCCCAAAACUAGAGAAGCGAGCAGCGGGACCGGAAUCCGGCAACGGUGGCUGCCAGUGCACUCACAACCCGAGCGAGGAGGCCGGGAGCUGGGGGAAGCAACGCGCUAGGUCGGUGGCGGAACAGGGCUGGCCUAACAAACACACGCUGAGAAUCCUGCAAGAUUUUAGCAACGAGCCGAGCUCAAACCUCACGUCCCAUUCCCUGGAAAAAAUCCCUGCCGCUGGGGAGAGAGCCGAGUCUUUCAAACGAAUGAAACAGUACGACGGGGCAGCGGAUAACCAGAAGCCGCUCAUCAGAGACGCCAGCGGGGGUAAGACCGUUACUGCGCCCGGUAUCUCCCGGCUGCCGGCUCUGUUCGAGCAUCCUUUAUACAAGACUGACCUGCCGACCCUCACAGACGACGACACCUUGUUCAACGUCAAUACUGACAUCAGGUUCUAUCCGAAAGCAGCGGGAAAUCAAGAAUGGCACAAUGAAGCCAAUGUGGAAGAGGAGGAGUACCCCCCUACAGGGGAGGUGACAGCCGAGUCCUACCCUAACUGGCUUCGCUUCCACAUCGGUAUCAACCGCUACGAACUCUACUCCAGACACAACCCUGUCCUGGACUCCCUGCUCAAGGACCUGGUCACCCAGAGGAUCACCAGUGUGGUCAUGAAGUCAGGAGGAACUCAACUGAAGCUCAUCAUGACCUUCCAUAACUACGGACAGGCGCUGUUCAAGCCCAUGAAGCAGACCAGGGAACAGGAGACACCCCCGGACUUCUUCUACUUCUCUGAUCUGGAGAGACACAACGCUGAGAUCGCUGCCUUUCAUCUGGACAGGAUCCUAGACUUCCGGAGAGUGCCCCCGGUGGCGGGAAGACUGGUCAACAUGACCAGGGAGAUACGGGAUGUGACCAGGGACAAAAAGCUCUGGAGGACUUUCUUCAUCUCCCCAGCCAAUAACAUUUGUUUCUACGGCGAGUGCUCCUACUACUGCUCUACUGAGCAUGCUCUGUGUGGGAAGCCGGACCAGAUCGAGGGUUCUCUGGCUGCCUUCCUGCCAGACCUGGCCCUGGCCAAACGCAAGACCUGGAGGAACCCUUGGAGACGAUCCUACCACAAACGCAAGAAAGCAGAGUGGGAGGUGGACCCAGACUACUGUGACGAGGUGAAGCAGACUCCUCCCUUUGACCGUGGUUCUCGUCUGCUGGACAUCAUGGACAUGACCAUCUUUGACUUCCUCAUGGGUAACAUGGACCGGCACCAUUACGAGACUUUUGAGAAGUUUGGAAACGAGACCUUCAUCAUCCAUCUGGACAAUGGAAGAGGGUUUGGGAAACACUCCCACGACGAGCUCUCCAUCCUGGUGCCUCUGAGCCAAUGCUGCAGAGUGAGGAAGUCGACCCACUUGCGUCUGCAGCUGCUCGCCAAGGAGGAGUACCAGCUGAGUCGUCUGAUGGAGGAGUCCCUGCUGCAUGACCGCCUCCACCCCGUCCUCAUCCAGCCCCACCUGGAGGCCAUGGACCGGAGGCUGCGCCUGGUGCUCCAGGUCCUGGCUGUCUGCGUGGAGAAGGAGGGCUACAGUAAAGUGGUGGAGGUGGACGACCACCACUGGGCCAGAGAAGCCAGAGGGGGCAGGGACACAGCCACCCACAGGAACCCAGGGCACAGGUAGUGAGGCCUGGCUAGUAAGAGAGGGAGAUGGGGGGUGGAGGGGUGGUACCCCUGCUUCUCCCGCUUCUCCCCAUCCUGGACCUCCAAAGAAACUACCGCAGAUGGUGAGCCAACCAUGGGUGUCUGGUCUCACGGAGAGACUGACUGGAUCCUGUGACUGUGCGGGAGCCGCCAUUUUGAAUUCAGUGAAUUCCGAGACUUGCCGUCAAUGCCUCUAUGGAACCUCCCAUGUACGUGUGUUUAUAUAUAGGUACUGUUGGUCCACAGAUAUAGCAGUGAGCUGAGGAGAGAAGAGGCCUGGUCUUUGCUAAGUACCAAUGUUUUAUUACUUCUCUUGGACAUGAUAAAUAGGGACCAUUUUGGUUUUACUUUGUUGGUUUUCUUAUUUUAUGUUUUCUGGGUUGUUUGAAUGCGAAGGCUAUCAUUGUUUGCUCGGGUUAACACUAAGCUAGCUACAGUAUAUUUGUGUUACACAACCAAAUUAGAUUUUACUUUAACAAGUUAAAAUGUGGUUUGAGCUUUAUUUAUGCACAGUAACUGGAGGAAUGGAAUAGAAGGUUUAUAAAGCUUUAAUUUUAAAGGGAGAGAAUGAAAAGAAUAUAGUAUAUUAUUUAUGAUGAAUGUCAGUAUGACCGGUAUUUAUCAGUUGCCUCCAUUUUCAACCCAUCACUAUCUAUGACUAUGCUAUAGGCCUCCAUUAUACAAGAGGCUGUUUACAGUACAGAAAUUACCUGGUAUUUACUAAGAAAUUAUAUGGUAAAAUGGUAAUUGUACAGUAAUACCCCAUUAAUUACUACAUAAAGUACUCAUUUAGUACUUUGGGAUUCAAACAAGCAUUUAUAUAUACACCAUUUUGAUCCAGGUAGUUCCCAAUUGUGGUGAAUAUUAAGCAUAAAGUAUAGUGAAAGCCCCAGCUAGAACUCAGCGAUGCCACAUAGUUUCCUUAUAAGCACCACCUAAAUACCAGUCGAAGCAGUACACCAUUAAAGAAAGUGCUACCGGUUUCCUUUUCAAUAACGCUUUCAGUUCAACUUAAAUUCAGUGUUCAAAGCCUGGAUGGAAGCAGCUCUCUUAAACAAGGGCUCUUAUAGAAGCACCUCUCAGCAGCCCAGAAGUUGAAUAGUGUUGAGUGCCCUUGCCCUCGUCCAUUAAAAUUAGAUAUCAUUCAAUCUUUCCAUUUCUUUUCAUCAAAGCCUUCCAUCAAAAUGUGUCACUCGUUCAUGGUUGGCACUUAAGAUAAUUGCUGCCCCAUUUAUUCAGAAAUUCUGCAUUUUUGACUGAUGAACUUCUAAAUCAAUGCUUUGCUGGAAUGGCUGGAAUGAAAACAUGCUGCGUGGUAUACUAGGACAUGUUUUCAAGGACAUGAGAAUGGCCUUUACAGGAAGUUGUGAUAGAUGAUGACAGUGUGACUGACAUGGCUGAAAUGUUUGUGUUUGCUGAGAUCUCACAUUAGCUGAGCCUAUCUGUUCUGGUCUCAGCUUGCAUGGCAGUCCUGGCUUACAGGAUGUGGAGAUAAAGGGUACCUCCCAAAUUACAUCAUAUCCCCAUAGGGCUCUGGUCAAAAGUAGUGCACUAUAUAUGAAAUAGGGUGCCAUUUGGGAUUCAUACAAAUAAUAAUAAUAAUACAGGACUAUGUAAAUACUGCCAUGAGAGAAUAUCAAUCUGACACUAUUCAUUUAAUUGGCCUUCGAGGUCUUGGUAAAAAUCCCCAUAUAGCUGCAUAUCAUGUAACAAAUGAGAUAAAUACAUUAUCUCAUUGCUUUAUCCCCACAUGAGAUUGUUUUAUUACCAACAAUCUCUCACCAGUUUUGCUCACACUUCACGCAGCCUCAAGUUGACAUCAGUAACACCGAAAUGAUUAUUUUGGAGAUCGAAAUAGUCUAGUCUCUAUCCAUGUGGCUGUAAAGAUGGGUUGGAACUGUGAUUACAGUGUAUACCAGUAUACAAGUCAGAUGCACUACCCCGUUGUCAUGCCAUUCAUCUUUCAUACCAACUAAAGUUACCAUUACAACACCAAACAAAUGUAAAAUGCAGUGUUCUGUUACAAUCCAGGCUACACAGUGUUCCUGUUGCAUUGUUCAAUGCUUUUCCAAAUGAAAAUAGGAUUUAUUGACGUGUCAACAUUUAAAAAUGGAUGUGGAAAUAAGGGGUAUGUUCUAAGGUUGAUACUAAUUAUGUUUUGGUACUAUUUAAUGUUAUGUCCAUUUUAUGAUCUGAAAAGCUGUCUUUGAUUGCUGGAAGUGUUGAGCUCAAUACAGGCGUUCUAUAUUCCACCAAUAGCCCCUAGAAUCUGUCUACGUAUGGCUAACCAUGUGCCUGUGCAACGUUGGGUAUACUUGAAUGUUUCGGGUGGCCAUACGACCAGGACUACAACUACAUAGAGUUCACACUACAGCCUGUGUGACCUGGAUCCUCAGACUAAGUUGAAAGAGUUAACAUUAUACAUUUACGUUUGAGUCAUUUAGCAGACGCUCUUAUCCAGAGCGACUUACAGUAGUGAGUGCAUACAUUUUUGCAUACUUUUUUGUACUGGUCCUCCGUGGGAAUCGAACCCACAACCCUGGAGUUGCUCUACCAACUCAGCCUUCUCCUCCCUUCAUACAGCAGCAGUUAAAGGGUUAACUCAGCCCUGGGCGAUUUUCAUAUUGUCACUGUAAAUAUCUAUAAAUAUAUUGGAAGACCUAAGAGGCUGCAGUGCUGCAGCGAUACGCUUCUGUUCUGUUUUCUCCUAUUGCGUUGUUGCUGUGAACAUCUGUUUGCUAAAUGAUAAAGGUGUGCAAUAAAAAAAAUGUACAACAAA